CAUCUAUCUAUCGAGAUUCGGACAAAACAUCUCUGUAGAUCUCUUACAUGAUUAUGAAAAAACACACCCUUGUCUUCACCAUUUUCCUACAUCUUAACCAAUCGCUCAGUUUGGAUCCCAGCUACGAAGCUUGUGUUGCAAAAGACUGUGGAGAUGGGCGUAAAGUUAGUUUUCCAUUUUUCAUCAACGAACUACAUGAUUCCUCUUGUGGUUACCCUGGAUUUGAGCUCCGCUGCAGCAAUGGCUCCUCAAUUCUUCGGAUCGCAGAAAACGACUUCAUUGUUAAAGAUAUUCAAUACAAAAACAGCUUCCUCCGUCUCCAAGACGCGGCGAUUUUGCCGAAUCCAACUGAAUCCUGUCCCUCGAAGAUCAGGAACAUAACGCUUGACACUAACCGAUUCUGGAUAGACACCGUUUCUACUAUGGAACUCAUUUUGAUUUCAAACUGCUCGAGUGUAUUGCCGGUGAAUCUGGAAAGGUAUAGAAUACGAUCCUGUGAGGAAAGUAAUGAGGUGGUGAUGCUUGCUAAUGAUAUGAACUUGAGAAAUGUAACGAGAAGUUGUGGGUAUGGUCGUAAGGUUGUGGAGACGCCGGUAGAAUUGAGUGGCGAAGAAGGGAGGGGUCAGGUCAUUGACGGUGAUAACUACCAGGAGGUAGUGGAAAGGGGGUUCGUGUUGCAUUGGCUUGCGACGGAUUGUGGUGUUUGUGAGAGCAGCGGUGGUAGGUGUGGGUUCAAUAAGACGACUUUCGGAUUUCGUUGUUUUUGUCGCGAUAGGCCCCAUAUGGUGAGUUGCCGGACUGGAACAAAAAAAAAAUCACCAGUGAUUCUUGUCACGGCUCUUUGUAUAGGAUUAGGGACAAUAUUGGUUGUGAUAAUGUUAUGCUUCAUAAGGAAAUUCAAAAGGAGAAGAAGUACUGAGAGCUAUGUUAAUGUGGAAAAUUUUCUAAAAAAUCAUGAGUUUCUCGCAAAAAGGUACUCUUAUUUGCAAGUAAAGAAGAUGACAAACAUCUUUGAAGUCAAAGUAGGACAAGGCGGCUUUGGGUCCGUGUAUAGAGGGGUGCUAAGUAACGGAAACCUAGUGGCCGUGAAGAUUUUAAGCGAAUUAAAAGGUAAAGGCGAAGAUUUCAUAAACGAAGUUGCAAGUGUUGGCAAGACUUCCCAUGUAAAUAUCGUUGAAUUUGAUGAAGAACUUGGACUACAUAGAAGUAUGAGCAAUGAAGAAAAUGAGAUGGCAAGAAAAAUGAUUAUAGUGGGCUUGUGGUGCAUACAAACUAAUCCCGUUAACCGACCCACAAUCACGAAGGCAUUGGAAAUGUUAGAAGGGGACUUGGCAUCAUUAGAAUUUCCUCCAAAACCUUAUUUGUCUUCUCCAUCAAGGUUGGGUGCUUCCUCAAUUACAGAUUAA